AACAUAGCCUGAUAAGGCAAACUGAGAUUGCCAGGUGACGUCGCGCCGACGCCGUGCUGAGCUCCAAGAUGUUAAAGCUGCAGUAACACAGAGGCCUCAGCGGCGCACCGCAGCAUGGAGCUCGUGUCAGUGCAGCAUGCAUUUGAGUACGCGGCCAAGGAUGGUCACCUCGUGUCCAUCAAACCGAAUGAAAGUUACAUCCUGGUCUCAAAGACUAAUGAGCACUGGUGGCAUGUCCGCAAAGACCAGCACACCAAGCCCUUUUAUGUCCCCGCGCAGUAUGUGAAGGAGAUCCAGUCACUUAAAGAAGACUCUCCUGCUCCUAAAAAGCUGGACUCACCUGAGACUAACUGCAGGUCAGAGGACACGGCUGCAAAGACACAACAUAAAGCGACAGCAGUGAUUCAUGUAUCUGCUCAGGAUGCUUCAAAAGAGACGCACCGGUUCUCCACUUUUGGUUUUUGUGACAUACCAGAUGUGAAGAAGCCCUGUGAGACUGUGGAGGAAGGAAAAAUCAGCUUUGCACACAGUCAGGAUAAUAUAAAGACACAUGAUUCGACAGAACGCUCUUCAGUCCCCUCUGCACCUCUGAAUACUGACAACAUGCAGCUCUAUGCAAAAUCUCAUCCUGUGCCAAAGGUCAAAAACGGACACACAGAAAGCUCACUGCAGCAUGACGCUGUCGAACAGACUUUUCCACACGGUGAGGAUAUGGACUUCCCUUUACCCCCGGAUUCACACAUAUACGACACCAUACCAGAGAUAAACAUCCCAGAAUUUGACACUUAUUCUGAGGUGCUUGGUCCUGUUUCUGACACAUUGACGUUGGAGCAGCAGAAUCAAACUGCAGAGAAAACUUCUACGGAUGAACCUCCCGCUGAGCAGGUGCAGGAUGAGAGUCUCCGCUCAGCCGUCUACGUAAACGUAGCACAACUUCGCCAGAGCAUCUCCGAGUCUCCUCCCUCGGCUCCUUCGUCCUACUCUCCUUCCUACCUCGACCCGGAGGGAUGGGAGGUGCACGUUGACGAAGAAAGUGGACAGGAGUACUACUACCACCCCGCCACUGGGCGCACCACCUGGGACAACCCCUUUCUCGACUCCCCCACGGACCCCGAGCCGCCUUGUUCCCCCUCGCCUCCUCAGUCUCCCGCCCUCUCUCCGUCCACCGCCUCACCCUCUGCGUGGACCUCCGACUGGGAGCAGCUGGUGGAUGAGACCAGCGGACGCCCUUACUUCUACAACCCGACGUCUGGGGAGACGUCCUGGGAGCCUCCAGAGCAGCUGAGCCCGUACCCCCCUCUGAUGGAGCCCAUGAGCGUGCACAGGUUUCACGAGGACGAGCCGCCUCCUCUUCCUGAGGAGGACUACCCCUCAGAGGAUUACCCAGCUGCUGAUCAGCCAGAGGGACACGAGGAUCUCCUGGCCACAGGCCCUCCCACCCUCCCUAAAGAGUACACCCUCAGUCAUGUGAGCCGGACCCUCAUCCCCCGGGCCAACUUGGACCGCAGCACCCCGACUGGCUGGAACCUCAACGUGGAACCGAACGGGACCUGGGUGUUCACCAGCGAGCACUCUCCAGAGCAGUGGAUUAAGUCCAGAGAUGAUCGAGGUCAGACCUACUACUAUCUGAGAGACGGCUCCAAGUCACAGUGGAACCUGCCGGAGGUCCCUGUAGCUCCAGGUCAGUCCAGGAUGGAGAACGGCGUGGAGGCCGACAGCCCGUCGGUCAUCAAAAACUGGAGACACUCCAUGGGACCUGCGCUGCUCAGCUCAGCCCAGGAUGACGGGAGGUUCGUCCCGACUCACAGGAGAAACACGUCCGACUACAGCAGCGACAGCUCCAGUACGGGAAACUCUCCAGAGACGCAGCAUAACGUGCAGAACUUGGAGAAAGCGGGAAUUCUCAACAAAACAAAAGUGUGUGAGAACGGCAAGAAAGUAAGGAAAAACUGGGCCCAGACGUGGACGGUUCUCCACGGAGGAGUGCUGACGUUCCACAAAGACCCAAAGUCUGCAGCGACGGGGGCCUCGAACAAGACCAAUCAGAUUGUUCCAGAGGUCACGGUGGACCUGCGAGGAGCGACGAUUGGCUGGGCCUCGAAGGACAAAUCCAGCAAAAAGAAUGUUUUAGAGUUAAAAGGGAAGAACGGCAUGGAGUUCCUGAUACAGUACGAUACAGAAAGCAUCAUCACCGACUGGCACAAAGUCUUAGUGGACACCAUACGACAGCUGGAGUACCAGGACCAUCACUCAGAGGAGGAGGACGGAGACUUAUACGAGAAGAUUGCCACCACGGAGCGAGAUGAAAAGUCUGGAGGCGGCAUAGACAGGCGGAGAUCCUCCAGACCGAGUGUCACACACUCAUCCAGCAAUGCAGGAGACAACGAUCAGAAGAGGGUUCGAACUAAACUGAUGAAGUUCCUCAUGAAACGUCCCACGCUGCAGUCUGUGAAGGAGAAAGGAUACAUCCGAGACAAUGUGUUUGGUUGCCAUCUGGCCACAUUAUGUGCACAAGAGAGGACCACUGUUCCUAGUUUUGUGGAGAAAUGUGUGAAAGCAGUGGAAAAGAGAGGUUUAGACAUCGAUGGGCUCUACAGAGUGAGCGGCAACCUCGCUGUCAUUCAGAAACUUCGCUUCAAGGCCGAUCACGAGGAGCUGGACCUCGAGGACGGACAGUGGGAGGACGUUCAUGUCAUCACCGGAGCGCUGAAGUUGUUUUUCCGAGAGCUUCCCGAGCCGCUUUUCCCAUACAGCCACUUUAAUAAGUUCAUCACCGCCAUCAGAAUUCCAGAUUACAACACAAAACUGUCCUGCAUGUAUGAGCUGGUCAGAUCACUUCCUCCUGCAAAUCAUGACACCAUGAAACUCCUUUUUGGGCAUUUACGCAGGGUCAUUGAGUAUGGAGAGGACAAUCGCAUGACUGUGCAGAAUGUGGCGAUUGUAUUCGGCCCGACUCUUCUUCGGCCAGAGACGGAGUCGUCCAACAUCACCAUGCACAUGGUGUUUCAGAACCAGAUCGUGGAGUUCAUCCUGAACGAAUACGAGCGCAUGUUCUAAAUGUGGUCGCGAGCCUCCAGUGCGGACUCUGGGCAAACGUCUAAAUGUGCUAUUUGAAGUGCUAGAGUUACAUUUUUUUGCACGCGCACAAACAGCUUCAGUUCAACAUCUCAAAACUCCUCUUGUUGAAUAAAAAGGGCUCUUCA